UUUUAAAAUUUCUUUUCGUUUCUUUUUCCCGUGAUUUUUUCCUUGUAAAUCCUGCGAUCCGAUCCAGGAAUCUCUUUUUCCUUCUCCAAGGACACCUCCUCCCUCCAAAUUCGCUCCGCCAUCAAAUCCAGUUCGUUAAUUCCUUCCCUCCCUCCAUUUCUGUUCUUUUCCUCCUCCCAGUUUUUGAAUUCUAGGGUUUCGGUUUCCCCCUUUUCCCUCCCAAUUCCUGCUUCCCGGUCAAACAUCCAGACUUGCCGCUUGUGCUCCGUCGAUAGGAAAGUAUGUCCGCUUCGACCGUGUCUAUCACGGCGAACCCAGCGGCUGCUCGCCGGAGGCCGGUAUUGGCCGGGGAGAAGAAGUCCAACACCAUCGAGUUGUUGCCCAACGAAGCGCAACAAGCCAUUGGAGACGGGAAUGAUAAGGUUAAGGUCGCCGCCCCCGCGCACAGCAAGGAUCUGAGUCACAAUUCCAUCCGCGGGGAGCCGAUUCUCGAGAGGACGUCGAAAGAUCCGGUGCUGCUGAAGAAGGGCAACGCGGUUAAUUCGACGGUUUCCCCGCGCAGGGGGCGGAAACUGGCGCCGAAGCCGGAGAAGCCGCGGUGGGUGACGGUUGCGAGUAUUCUGACCAAGAAUUUCGUGCUUCUCCUCGUUUUGCUAGGGCUAGUGCAGUUGAUUAGGAGGUUAGCGAAAUCGGAGAGUAGUUUGGCUGCAACGCCGACGGGUUUGGCGGAGAUUGAGGGUCGUAUUGCGGAAGUGGAGUCGUUUUUGAAAACCACGGCGAAAAUGAUUCAGGUUCAGGUGGAGGUUGUAGAUAAGAAGAUCGAUAAUGAGGUAGGGGGUUUGAGGCAUGAAGUGAACAAGAAGGUUGAUGAUGUUGGUUCCAGUUUGGACGCGGCAUUGAAGAAUUUGGAAACGAAGAGUGAAGAGUUGGAGAAAUCAAUAGCAGAGUUGAAGGCAGCGGAUUGGUUGUCCAAAGAUGAGUUUUUGAAGUUCUACGAGGAAUUGAAGAAGACAAAGGAUUUCCAGGUGGGUGAAGACUCUUACAAUUUGGAUGUGAUUCGGGCUUAUGCAAAGGACAUUGUGGAUAAAGAAAUAGAGAAGCAUGCUGCGGAUGGACUUGGCAUGGUGGAUUAUGCUCUUGCGGAGGGUGGCGCUGCUGUGCUAAAGCACUCCGAACCGUUUGGUAAGAGGAGGCCCCUCAGCGGCUGGUUCUCUGGUGCUGGUGGCUUGAGUGGGGUUCAUCCUGAUGCUUAUAAGAUGCUGAGGCCGAGUUUCGGAGAGCCUGGGCAGUGCUUUCCUCUGAAAGGAGCCAGUGGAUUUGUGGAGAUUAGGCUCCGUGCAGCUAUUGUUCCUGAGGCUGUUACAUUGGAGCAUGUCUCUAAGAGUGUUGCAUAUGACCGGUCCAGCGCCCCGAAGGACUGCCGUGUUUCUGGCUGGUUCAGAGGGACUGACGUUACUUCAACUGCGGAUCCCGAGAAGCUGUUUCUACUCGCCGAGUUCACGUACGAUCUGGAAAAGAGCAAUGCACAGACCAUCAACGUUCUGGACUCGGCGGCCUCACAUGUCAUCGACACCGUCAGGCUGGACUUCACGUCGAACCAUGGCAGCCACGCCCACACCUGCAUAUACCGCUUCCGGGUACAUGGCUACGAACCCGACUCCGCCUCGAUGAUGACGUUGCAGAAUUAACAUUAGUUGGACAGUUCUAUUGAUCCUGCGCCCUGUAUGAUUCCUGACAUCUCUUGUUAUUGUUCGGAACUUGUGUAGCUCCUUGUGUAGAAGGGUGUUUGUACAUUUGUUCGUGUGCUUGCUUAGGUUCGAUUUUUGUGCUCGUCCCCGAGGGUAUAUUACCUCUGUCUUGUGUUAAACAGUCGAAUUUUAGGUGUUGCGGUAUUCUCUACGUUUGCUAGUUUAUUUGGGGAUCAAAUCGAGUCGAGCUAAAAAAGAUGAAACCAUUUCAUGUCCGGUCUCCAUGGUCGGUCUUGUUAAUGCCCAAUUGGGCGUGGAAGUCGCGAUCUCUGAUUCUUCGACGUAUGUGCGCAUAGCUGUUCAAAUUGUUAAGAGUAGUAUACUUGACAUUGCUGAAUACAAGAAAUGAUUGCGCUGGAUCCGAAC